UCUCUCUCUCUCUCUCUCUCCCCGCCUCUUAUCAGCUCAAGCACCCUCGUUGAACAAUCCGUUCUCCCUGAAACCUUUUGCCUUUUAUCCCUCUCUUUCUGUCAAAUCUAUCUCGGAUAAGUGGGAAAAGUUUUGGGCUUGGGGUGGGAAUGAUAGUGAAGGAGGAAAUGGUCUGUAGGAACGACGGCGGCGAGGUGUGUGAGAGCGGAGACGAGAAGAUAUCCCCGCAGCAGAUGGGGGAAGAGACCUUCGAGGGGCGGAAUGCCCGCGCCUUAGGAUUAGGGUUUCCCAUUCAGCAGAGGAAGCUGGUGGUGGUCGGUUACGCUCUCACCUCUAAGAAAACUAAGAGCUUCCUGCAGCCUAAGCUGGAGGGUUUAGCUAGGAAAAAAGGAAUAAUGUUUGUUGCCAUAGAUGAAAACAUACCGCUUUCAGAUCAAGGGCCCUUUGAUAUUGUGCUGCAUAAGCUCUCAGGAAAGGAAUGGCGCCAAAUUCUUGAGGAUUACAGGCGAGCCCACCCUGAAGUGACUGUGCUCGAUCCUCCUGAUGCAAUACAACACUUGCGCAAUCGCCAGUAUAUGCUCCAGGAAGUUGCUCAUAUGAAUUUUUCUGACCCCCAUGGAAAAGUUGGUGUUCCUAGGCAGUUAGUUAUUAAAAAGGAUGCUGCUUCCAUUCCAGAUGCUGUUAGCAGAGCUGGACUGAGGCUUCCUCUUGUUGCAAAGCCAUUGGUUGCUGAUGGUAGUGCUAAGUCGCACGAGCUAUCACUUGCUUAUGAUCAGUAUUCACUACAAAAACUCGAACCUCCGCUUGUUCUCCAGGAAUUUGUCAAUCAUGGUGGAGUCCUCUUCAAGGUGUACAUUGUUGGGGAAGCAAUAAAGGUUGUGAGGCGUUUCUCUUUGCCCGAUGUUAGUCGGAGGGAGCUGUCCAAGAGUGCGGGUGUGUUCCGUUUCCCAAGGGUAUCCUGUGCUGCUGCAUCUGCAGAUGACGCGGAUCUGGACCCUAGUAUUGCUGAGCUUCCUCCUCGUCCCUUGCUUGAGCGACUUGCGAAAGAACUCCGUCGACGAUUGGGUCUUCGGCUGUUCAACUUGGAUAUUAUCCGCGAACAUGGAACCAGAGAUCGGUUUUAUGUCAUAGACAUCAACUACUUCCCUGGGUAUGGCAAAAUGCCAGGGUACGAGCAUAUAUUUACGGACUUCCUGCUGAGCUUGGUGCAGCACAAGUAAAGGGGCGACCGUGAAUACUGAAGCCCUUUGAAUAACUCUGCCCACCUUCAAACUGAAACAUCUGCCAAAUGUUCAGACGGACUCCAUGCCCGCAGUUGGAAGGGCACUGUGCCUUCGAAUGACGGUGACAAUGAAAGGGGAAAGAAGGAAAAGACUGCAAGGGUAGAUUCCAAGAAAAGUUCGAGCUCCAGCUCCAGCCAGAGCAGCUGUAAUUACUGACUGGUGGCUAAUGGCUAUGGAAUGAAAAUUCAUUCAUCGAUGUGUACACAGUGGCAUAAAUUCGUUUUUUAACAUCUGGUUUUGUCUUUGUUUAGUUUACGGCACUCUCUUAAAGUGCAAAUAAGGAAAUCUGUGUUGCCGGAAAUACCAUUCCCCCUGAUGGGAGUUUCGGCAUAUGCUCAUAUAUUCUCUUGGAUUGCC